ACUGAGGCUGCCGGACUACGUGGACGUGGACGUAAAAGCUCAGGCGUAGCAUUGAGAGGAAGCGGCCCUGCUUGAGAGGAUGGCAGAGGUGGAAGCGGCGCAGCUGAAGGAGGAAGGGAACCGGCAUUUCCAGCGCCAGGACUACAAAGCGGCCAUCAAGAGCUACAGCCAGGCCCUGAAGCUGACCAAGGACAAGGCGCUGUUGGCCACGCUCUAUCGGAACCGGGCCGCCUGUGGCCUGAAAAUGGAGAGUUACGCGCAGGCAGCUUCAGAUGCCUCAAGAGCCAUCGACAUCAACUCUUCAGACAUCAAGGCUCUGUAUCGGCGAUGCCAGGCCCUCGAGCACCUGGGGAAGCUGGACCAGGCCUUCAAGGACGUGCAGCGCUGUGCCACCCUCGAACCAAGGAACCAGAACUUCCAGGAGACACUGAGGAGACUCAACACCAGCAUCCAGGAGAAGCUCCACGUGCAGUUCUCCACAGACUCCAGGGUACAGACAAUGUUUGAAAUCCUCCUGGACCAAAACAGUGAAACGGAGAAGAGAGAAAAGGCUGCCAACAACCUCAUCGUCCUGGGCCGGGAGGAGGCUGGGGCUGAGCGGAUCUUCCAGAACAAUGGGGUGGCCCUGCUGCUGCAGCUUCUGGACACCAAGAGGCCUGAGCUGGUGCUGGCUGCUGUGCGGACCCUGUCGGGCAUGUGCAGUGGCCACCAAGCUAGGACCACAGCCAUUCUGCACGCAGUCCGCAUAGACCGAAUCUGCAGCCUCAUGGCCGUGGAGAAUGAGGAGACGUCUCUGGCCGUCUGCAACCUGCUCCAGGCCAUCAUGGACUCCCUGUCUGGGGAGGACAAGCGGGAGCAUCGAGGGAAAGAGGAGGCCCUGGUUCUAGACACCAAGAAGGACCUGAAGCAGAUCACCAACCACCUGCUCGACAUGCUGGUUAGCAAGAAGGUGUCUGGUCAGGGCAGGGAUCAGGCGCUGAAUCUGCUCAAUAAGAAUGUUCCCAGGAAGGAUCUGGCCAUUCACGACAACUCACGAACCAUCUAUGUGGUGGACAAUGGCCUGAGGAAGAUCCUGAAGGUCGUAGGGCAGGUUCCAGACCUGCCCUCCUGCCUUCCCCUGACAGACAACACCCGCAUGCUGGCCUCCAUCCUCAUCAACAAACUCUAUGACGACCUGCGCUGUGACCCAGAGCGCGAGCACUUCCGCAAGAUCUGUGAGGAGUAUAUCACGAGCAAGUUUGACCCGCAGGACAUGGAUAAGAAUGUGAAUGCCAUCCAGACUGUGUCUGGGAUCUUGCAGGGGCCCUUUGACCUGGGCAAUCAGCUGCUGGGAAUGAAAGGUGUGAUGGAGAUGAUGGUGGCGCUGUGUGGCUCGGAGCGCGAGGCGGACCAGCUGGUGGCCGUGGAGGCCCUCAUCCACGCCUCCACCAAGCUCAGCCGGGCCACCUUCAUCAUCACCAAUGGAGUGUCGCUGCUCAAACAGAUCUACAAGACCACCAAAAACGAGAAGAUCAAGAUCCGCACACUGGUGGGUCUCUGUAAGCUCGGAUCUGCAGGCGGCACAGACUACGGUCUCCGACAGUUUGCUGAAGGGUCAACCGAGAAGCUGGCCAAGCAGUGCCGCAAGUGGCUGUGCAAUGCCACCAUAGACACCCGGACCCGGCGCUGGGCAGUGGAGGGCAUGGCCUACCUCACACUGGACGCCGAUGUGAAGGAUGACUUUGUCCAGGACAUCCCUGCGCUGCAGGCCAUGUUCGAGCUGGCCAAGACCAGUGACAAGACCAUCCUGUACUCGGUGGCCACCACCCUGGUGAACUGUACCAACAGCUACGAUGUCAAGGAAGUCAUCCCUGAGCUGGUGCAGCUUGCCAGAUUCUCCAAGCAGCAUGUGCCUGAGGAGCACCCCAAGGACAAGAAGGACUUUGUGGACAUGCGUGUGAAGAGGCUCCUGAAGGCAGGUAUCAUCUCGGCCCUGGCCUGCAUGGUGAAAGCAGACAGCGCCAUCCUCACUGACCAGACCAAGGAGCUGCUGGCCAGGGUGUUCCUGGCACUGUGUGACAACCCAAGGGACCGAGGCACCAUUGUGGCUCAGGGUGGAGGCAAGGCCCUGAUCCCCCUGGCCUUGGAGGGCACAGAAGUGGGCAAGGUGAAGGCAGCCCAUGCCCUUGCCAAGAUCGCCGCUGUCUCCAACCCAGACAUCGCCUUCCCUGGGGAACGGGUGUAUGAGGUGGUGCGGCCCCUGGUAAGUCUCCUGGACACCCAAAGGGAUGGGCUUCAGAACUAUGAGGCUCUCCUAGGCCUCACCAACCUGUCUGGACGGAGUGACAAACUCCGGCAGAAGAUCUUUAAGGAGAGAGCCUUGCCGGACAUCGAGAACUACAUGUUUGAGAAUCACGACCAGCUGCGGCAGGCAGCCACCGAAUGCAUGUGCAACAUGGUGGUCAACAAGGAGGUUCAGGAGAGGUUCCUGGCAGAUGGGAAUGAUCGGCUGAAGCUUGUGGUGCUGCUCUGCGGGGAAGAUGAUGAAAAGGUGCAGAAUGCAGCUGCUGGGGCCCUGGCCAUGCUGACAGCAGCACAGAAGAAACUGUGCCUCAAGAUGACCCAAGUGACACCUCAGUGGCUGGAGAUCCUACAGCGGCUUUGCCUGCAUGACCAGCUCUCAGUCCAGCACCGGGGCCUGGUCAUCGCCUACAACCUGCUGGCGGCUGAUGCCGAGCUGGCCAAGAAGCUGGUGGAGAGUGAGUUGCUGGAGAUCCUCACAGUGGUGGGCAAACAGGAGCCAGAUGAGAAGAAGGCGGCGGUGGUUCAGACCGCCCGGGAAUGUCUCGUCAAGUGCAUGGAUUAUGGCUUCAUUAAGCCAGUGUCGUAGACAGGGGGCCACUGGAGUGCUGGGGCUGGUCCUAUACUGGGCAGAUUCCUGAGCUGGGUACUCCUGGAGUGCCAGUUCACCUAGGGAUCACAGCAGUGACAGUGAAAUCUCAGUAUGAUGGAAAGACCUGAUUGUACCCUGGAUUGUGAAUCCUCUUUGUCCUGGGAAAGUUUGAUUUUUUUCACUGGCUUUUUUUUUUUUCCUCUCUGUUUCCUUAUUAUGCUUUAGAAAUUCCUAGAAUAAUUCUUUUCAUGAUUAGAAGACAGGUUGGAUAAUUCUUUCUGUUCCUGCUUAAAGGCCAGAAUAUUGAAGUGUGGUAAGGUAAGAACUAACAGAUGUGUGACCAUAGAGAUUAAAGCUCAUGUAUUUGAAUGCUGGUCUGUGAUGGUUUUACACCCUCCCUUACAUACCAUGCCCGGAAGUGCAUGUUUCAGCUGCAGUGCCCUGUCCUGGUUCCAUACUCUUCCCCACAUGGUGGAAAUGUAGUUUAUGUUCAACUGUGUGUCUUUGCGAUUUUCUUGGUAAAGUCUUCCAAGCAAGGUGGACAUGGUGAAUAUAAAUAAGACCAGUUCAAAGUACUUCAAGCAGAAAAUGAUCUACUGAUGCAUGUAUCUUGGCCACUCAGAGAGAGCUGACACUGUAUGACCCAGUGGUUCAAAUGUCACCACCAAUAUUACUCUGUCUUUUCCCCCUCUCAUCUCUCCUCUUCAAAUCUUGGAUCUGUUUACUCCCAGAGGUGUGAGUGCCCCUCAGCCUCACCACCUGCUGUUCACACCCUUUGACUUCCUGGGCCUACUCCAGUGUCAGGGUAGGACUCCCAGAGAGGAGCUGGAACCUUGAGAAAACAUUUAUUUGAUUUUAUUUUCUCUGAUCCCCAAAUACCAGCUCCUGUCCCCAUUGGUGGCCAAACCUCAGGGCCUUGGUAGGGCUAAGAUUCUCUGCCUUAGAUGCAUGUGCUUGAAGAUUUCAGCCACAAGGAAUAAAGAGCAGGAGGAAGACUUUUUCUUGAGGGGAGGGAGAGACAGAGACAGAGACAGAGAUUUUGCAGAAAGAGGCUUGAUUUCCUACUUACUUCUCCCCCUGCCCCAUACCCACAGGCACACCUUCCCCAGGUCCAGGAAGGGGACAGGGUGGCCCUAGACAGUUUGAACAGCAACCCACAGUCAGGUAGAAGACUGACCCCAC